AUGCCUCCGAACAAGUUGACCGGCAAGCAUAUCCUUUUCAUCGGCGGCUCCACAGGCCUCGGACUUGCAGCCGCACGAGAGGCUCUCUCCAGCGGCACCAAAGUCACACUCGCAUCUUCAUCGCAAGACAAGCUUAACAGAGCUUUGAAAGACCUCUCUUCCGACAACCCUGAAGGCCAAACGCACUCCCUCGUCAUCGACCUCCUCCGCCCCGACAUCGAGCACGCCCUGAACGAACUCCGCACAGCAGCAAUGGAAGUCCACGGUCCAAUCAACCACAUAGUCUACACAGCCGGCGAUUGGUUCCCCCACGUACCGCUGACAGACAUCACCGAAAACAACUUUGUCCAGGGCGCCCGUCUUCGGGCCCUCGUACCCAUGCUGCUCGCCAAGCAAGUCGCGCAGGGAGCCUGGCUUCCACGCUCCCGCUCCUCAUCCCUAACCUUCACGGGCGGCAACAUCAGCCAGAAACCCACGCCCGGUUUUCUCCUGCCAGCUUUCAUCGGUGCUGGAAUGGAAGGCGCGGUCCGAGCUAUGGCGUUGGAGCUCGCGCCGAUUCGCGUGAAUAUCGUGGCGCCGGGGUUCGUGGAUACGGAGUUGUGGGGUGAGAUGCGGGGGUUGUUGGCUGAGAGGCAGGAGGGGAGGGUUUUGACUGGUAAGGCUGGGCAGGCGGAGGAUGUGGCUGAGGCGUAUUUGUAUUUGGUUAAGGAUGGGAAUAUCACGGGGCAGGUGAUACGGUCUGAGGGUGGUGCUAUGUUGCUGUCGCAGGAGAGUCGUGGGCGAUGA